GGUCAGAACUACUCAGUGAAGCAGAUAGCGGGGUACCCUGUUUGUUUAAUAUAGAGUGGGAAAGAGAACUCCGCUUAAAUAACGUAAGCACACAACUCUACCUAGCAAGCUCUAAGGUAAACCAUUACAAAAGAAGGGAGUGCACAUUGCCUGAUCACACACACUGCGGAGUGACUUACCAUGCCAUGCGAGUGUGGGGAACUAAAGAGUGGCGGUUCUGCUCCUCUCCCUCUGACCCCCCUUUUCCCACGUCAGAACAACCAAAAGCCAAGGGAAGCUGAGUGCUGCUGACGGAGCUAGAAGGGGCUGGCGUGGGAGAGCUUUCUGCAGAGAAGACGUGAAUCUGGCAGAGUGAGCGGGGAGCUACCCAGCUGCAAGCUCAGAGCAGAUACUGGAAGAAACAUGAACAAAAUGAAUUGUAUCCUGUUCACUGUCUUCAUUGUUCUGAUUGCUUAUUGCAGUUCUGGAUAUGCCCUGAGGUGUUACAUCUGUGCAGAUAGUCCUUUAUUGUGUUCAACCAAUGCUACUUGCACCCAUGGAGAUGAUAGUUGCUUACAGAUCAGGUUUGCUGAUUUGAAAACCUAUGCCUGCUGGAAACAAUCCCGAUGCAACAUGAAUGAGAUUGCUGAUGAUUUUGGUGCUGACAACUUUGAUUUCCACUGCUGUCAAAAGGACUUUUGCAACAAGAGUCCAGCCACAGUGGUUAGUAAAACAACCUUCAGCAUUGCGACUGUGAUGACCAUGAUCUGGAUGUUCUGCUUUUAAUCUGGAGACAAAAAGAUAAACAUAUUUUUUUCUGUUUGUAUUGCUAAAUAUUUUCUCAAUUCUCUAUGAAGUGGUGGAGUUUUGCCCUCUGGCUUAUAAAUCAUGCUUCACAAAGUGCUUUCUCUCAGAUAAAUUACUGUCAACAGCUGUCUGGAAAAAGGGGCACAUUGUGUGUUAUCAGUCAGAGAGAUGAUGCCACAUUUGGAGGAAAAUACCAUAUUUUAGAAAAAACUGUAUAUGGGAAAAACAUGGAAAAAUACAUAUUAAGUGCUAGAAAAUUUUAAUUUCUUAAUGUUCUGUGAAUUUGCAAUUAUGUUUUUCUCUCUUGUCCAAUAUGUUUUUAUUAUCCUUCAGCCAGUGAAUUCUCCUACUGUUGUUUAGAAGUAAAAUUUCUUAUGAUCUUAUUAAUAUAGUUGAAAUCCUAGUUCUUGCUGAAAUAUGUUUAACAAUGUUUUGCAAAUGAAUUUUGAAGCCAUUGAAAUUGCAUUAUUUUGGGAAAAGCUUUUGAGUAUUUUACAUUUGAAAAUUAAAUUGAGGUGCAUUUUAAGUAAGUAAGGAAUGCCCUGCCUCUCUGUAGAAUUCUAUAGCAUCCAGGUACAUGUAGUUGCUGCUUCAGCAUCUUGUAUAAAUUUUAUCUAUUGCUUAUGAUGGCUUUCACAACAAAGAUUUGAGCUGAGCAGGUCCUUUGCACAGCAAACAACUUCGUAUGCA